UUAGAUAUUUUAUAUAUGUUGUAUGUUACGCGCAUUCUAUGCAUUCUAUGCAUUCUAUGCAUUCUUGUAUCUUUAAAUUUCUCAUAAUUGCAUAAAAACCUGCAAUUUAAUAAUUACAUAAAAUAUUACCUUAUGUGUGUUAUACGAUACUAAAAAGCAAAAUCGAAUGUAUAAUCUUUGUACAUUGAAAGAAAUGAAUAAACUAAACUGGGACUGACACAGAAUAUGUGUAUAUCAUUCAUGCCUAUAGUAUUCAAUACCUCCUACUACUUCCUAUCACUGAUGUGCUUCCUACCCCUACCCAUUGCAUCUCUCCCCCCUACCUGUUGCACAGGCCUUUAAAAUUUAAAUCGUUGUCGGUUAGAAGCGGUUGAUCUGAGUGCACAGUUCAUGUGCAUUGUUGGAGUUCGGCGUCAUCUUUUACGUGAUGAGCUUUGUUUGGUUACAACCUGUUGAUAUGUACUAAUAUACAUCGCAAUUCUUUGCGUCAUUUUAUGAGAGUAUAUUGUAUCCUAGUUCCUAUAUUAGUUCUAAUACGUUUGGUGGGAAGAAAGUAAAAGGUAUUCGUCGUGAAAUGAGUGAUUCUGGAGACAAUAUUAAAUAUAAAUGGACCCCUGAAAGCACUUCGCUCUUGGUAUCGGUGUGGUCGGAUAGGCAAGUGCAAAAGCAACUUGACUAUGCUUCGAAGCCACAACUUGUUUGGGAAAAUGUUGCACGAUAUAUAAAAAAGAAAGGAUAUAAUGUCUCAGGUAAACAAUGUCGAUCACGAAUGAAACAGGUCUUGGUUUGUUACCGUGAAGCCAAACGAGCUGGUACUCGCGCUGGUGUAGAGCAAUAUUAUGAAUCAAUUGAUAGAGUUCUUAAAAAUAAACGUAUUGAAGAAAAUGUUAUUGGCAUAGAUACUGUGGAUGCAACAAUAAAUGUUAAAUCUCCUCCAAAGGAAGUAAAAACAAGUAAAAAUUUGCAAGUGAGACAUAAAUUUCAGGAGCCUGUACCAUCACUCCAUCGUACAGAAGCAUUAUCACCUACAUGGACAUUAGGACGUGAAAAUGAAUAUCCCGAUUCUCCUGAAUCAAAUGAAACUAUAAUAGCACGUCCUUAUAGAGUCUUUUCUCCAACAAGGGAUGUAGCUAUCAAUACUGGUGAACAGUUAACUCAGAUAGCUGCUAAAUCAACACAGUGCAAUACUUUUCCAGUAGAAGAAUCAUUAAAUGUAAAUUAUAAACAAAAUUUAGUUCCAGGUUAUAAUUAUGGAGAAAUACCCUUCCAAAAUACGGUACAAAAUGUGCAAAAUCAAAUAAUUCAAGAAAAUAUGCAGCAUAAUUUGCAACAGAAUCAUAUGUGCAAUAAGCAGAACAUUUUAGUGAAUAACUUAAAUCUUGAGCAAAAUCUACAAAAUUUAAAUCAAGGUUUAACAGCACAAUCUAUAAAUGUACCAAUGCAACUUAGUUCAAUGGCAAUGCAAAAUCCUAAUGUAGAACAUAUAAUUCAACAACACAAUCAAUUGCAAUACUUAGUAAAUACAAGUAAUCGUGCAAUGCCUCAGGAACCACGAAAAAUUGUGCUAGAUCAAGCUAGAACAAAUAUGUGCAAACAGCUAUAUGGCAAUUGUUCAGCUCAUAUACCUGUUGUAGAAGAUACAAAACGAAUUGGAUCUUUGUCCCCAGAUUAUUCACCAGAUGUAUCUCAAAAUUUAAAUGAUGCUUUCUAUCAACCAAAGAGUGAUGAAAAAGCACCCAAUUUAAAUAAAACUUAUAAUACAAUUACGCAAACUACAAACUCAUUAAGAGUACAAAAUCCUGAGAUUUCUGUGAUUACAAAUAACGCAACAUAUAAUGAUGAUAGCUUGCUAGAAUUUCUGAUAGAUUCACCAACUCCAUCCGAAAAUGAUAAUAAAUCAAAAGAUAGUACCGUCAAUACAGAUAAUAUCCCGGAUGUACCAUUAAGGAAAAAGAAAGCUGAGAAAUUGGAGCAACUCGUGUUAAGUGCAAUUAACUCUCAAAAUGAAGUCGUUAAUAAGAUACUUACUGCACAAAACGAUAUGGUGACAAAAUUUCUAGACAUAGAUAGAAACCGUCAAAGUAGGCUUGAAAAUCGUUUAGACGAUCUAUUAAAAGUUGUUCAUGCUUCUAUACUUACGAAGCAAACUUCAGAAGGAGAUAUCGAAAUACCUCCACCACCACCAGAACCUACGAUAACAUCCUUAGUACCUCCUCCACGACCUGGUGCUGCACCUCCAAAGUUAGAUCUAGUUCCUCCAAAACCUUGUCGUGUACCUUGUACAAUACCAAGUUCGAACAUUGAAUUGAUUAAUCAAAAUACCAUAGUAACAAGACCAGGUGUGGUAUCACCUAUAACUAGUCCAGUGAAGAAACCUGGUACUAUAUGGUCAAAAUUGGGACCAGUAUCUCAAUCUCCUUUUGUGAAAGCUCAGCAACGAUUAGGUUUACAAACAAUUACAUCUACGGAAACACGAACUCAAUCAUCUGCGGAGAGACGUAUAGCUAAGGAAGUGGAGAAAACUAUGGAUAUAGAAACGUUGAUAUUUGAAACUAAAAAUUUCUUGGACAUGGAGAAAGAACUAGAGGAGAAAAUAGAAAACGCUCGCCUUGAAGCAACAAUAAGCCAGACUUUACAUUCACGUAGAAAAUUAUUUACUCAAAGAGAACCCACACCAGCAAUGAUAUUAACUGCAGCAUUUUUAGAGAAUGAAUGCCGCACGGCUGAACAAUUUAUAAGUUGUUCUAAUAUGUCAAAUAUAAAUAAAAAAAAAUUAAGAGAUAUUGAUGAUGAUUUAUUAGCGGGUCAAGGUGAAAGUUAUGACCAUCUACGGCACUUCAAUAUAAAGUCUACUUACAUUCCUGACGAACCUUGUGAUACGUCUACGCCAGCAAAAAUAGGAACUAUUUCUAGUAAUCAUGAAAAAACAUCCAUACAAAUGGUACCCAAGCAAAAAAUUCAACAGUUAGCUCAGCUUGUAAUGAAUACAGGAAGGUGGAAAGAUGCUGGAGGACAAACUGGACAACAAUAUCUUGGGCAUCUAGUUCAGCCAAAUACACAUAAACAUCAAAUUAACACACAAAAUGUACCUUCAACCUUUUAUAAUGAGCUAUACACAACAGGCCAACCUAAAACUAUGUCCAAAGAAAUUCAAACAAAAAAUGAUCAAAACUAUGUUCAAGACUGGAUGUUAAAUAAAUAUGAAGACCCAAUAAACGAACAACGAAUAACAUAUGGUCCUUCUUGCAACGUAACAAAUCAAAACUUUCCUAUAGGUUUCACAAGACCCAAUACUGAAAAUUUAAAGCGAAAGGAUUCUAAUAGCGAGAUGUGCAGACCCCUUGAAUUCAAUAGUAAUGUUAUAUCAGAUCGUAAACAGAGCGUGCGUUUCAUGGAUGAGGCGUUGGCUGAAUUACAGCGUAUGUGUAUUGAAACAAUGUCUAAAGAACAACAAACAAUGAACGAUAGCUUGCCAUAUGUGUUGAAUAAUCCUAAUACGCUUCCAAUUGAGAAUCGACAGAUGAUUGAAAAAUAUAUUCACGAUUUAAUUCCAAGAAAAUUGAAAGACAAUAAAGACAAAGACACUGAUUCCGAUAACGAUGAUGAAUUUUUGGAUACUACUACUAGUAUGCCUGCGAUUGUACCACGUCGAAGUUCUCUUACAUCAACUGGUACUGCAUCUACUGAAACUGCACAUUCCAUAAAAUUCCCAAAACCAGAAAAUUGCGUAAUAGCUUAGUUAUACAAAUAAAGUAAUAUAUUCACCACUUUGCUUCCAUUUUAUACAGUAGUUAAAUAACAAAACGUUCAUAAACAUUCCUAACUAUUAUUAUAUUAGCAUCUAAAAAGAAAAUAAAGUAUUAUUUUCUUUAUCAAUUUGUUAAUAAUAUAAGAAAAGAAUAAUAUUUUUGAAGAUGAAAUACAAUGCAUAUUUACAUAAUUUGUGCAAUAUAUAUUUUUUCUAAAAAUUAUAAAAGAUGCAGAACUAAAACAAAAAAAGAUGCUUUAAUGAUAAGGCAAUUAUGUUAUUCAAUACUUAUUUUUAUGAGAAGAAUAAGUCAAGCUUUGUUAAGUCAAAAAAUAUUCUUUUUCUUAAAAAGUAACACUUAUUACUGUUAUGCUUUCAUCAACGUGUUCAAACUGUUAUGUGAGUCAUUGGAUAAAAAUCAUUCCUAUUGAACGUUAUUAAAUAAACUAAAUUGUUUAAAGAUUCUAUUACUUUUUAUCAUAUACAUUAUACAUUACUUGUUAUAACUUGAUUAGUUUAUUCAACAAAAUUACAUAAUAUUAAUAAAUUCUUUUAUAUUGUUAAUUUGCGUUAAACUUUCGGUUUAUUGGCAUGGCCUGUAAAUAAUUAUAGAUUUUCAAGAAUUUUUGACUUUCUGUUAUAACAUAGAACGAUGUUGAAGAUAAAUGGACGGUCGAUUCUGAAUCUUGAAAUUUCAAUCAUAAAACUGAUUAUUACUUGCAUCCCUAUUACAAAAUUGUAAAAUAAUAAAUUAUACAUGCGAGACAACACGUUAACAAUAUAAAAGGAAAGCAAUGUUAAUAAGAAAUGUCGGAGUAAUUUUAACAUAAUUUCUGUUAAAGUAGGUACAUUUAAUGUGAAAUACAAAAUUACGAAAAGUAGUUACUUUUUAUUUCCACACCUUUAUACUAAAUGAUAUUUUUAGUAAUAAUGUGUUAACAUUAACAUUAAGUACAUUAACAUUAACUACAUUAAGUGUAUUGUUUAUCGUUAUGAAAUGUUACGUCUGAUUAGUAAAUUACGAUAUUUACGUCAAGUAACAUACUCAAUGAAGGUAACUUUGGUAAUUAUUGAUGGCUCAUCCAUCUCAUCGACUUCGACGAAUUUUGAAUAUGUUAUUAGAGGUAAGAUUCUGAAUAACUUUCGCUAUACAUAUAAUCGAGGUUCGACCUUAGCUUCCGAGAUAUUUGCAAAAAAUUGUCGGUAUUACAAAUAUACUGAUGCAUACGCUGUCACAGACGCGUAAGUAUAGGGAGAAUUCAUUGGAGUGGUACCGACAGUUUCUUGCGAAUGUUCCGGAAACUAAGCGUGAACGGCGUUUAUAUGUGUAGGAAAGUUAUUCAAAGUGUUCUCCAAGACAUUUGCGACAUCUAUCGUAUGAGGGGGUGACUCGGAUGAUGGAAUCUACAUCAUUCGUGAGACGAUUCGGGAGAACAUAUUUGAAGAACCCCCGUGAUAAAACCGGAAAGGUUCGUUUAUGACCAAACAGAAUAAUUAAGCACGUUUUCGCCCUUGGUUAGCACUUUUAGCACGGCUGGUAAUAGAGUCGGCUGUGACUAUACACGCAAUAUAUAUUUGCCAUAUGUUGCUUAAAAAUUCAUAUACAAAUUAUGAAAAAUUAAUACAUAUAAAAAUGCGGCGAACUUGUACAAACGUUCUGUCCUUUCCGAUUUCAAUGAUUUUGAAAUAUGUUAUAGAAACCAAAUUUUGAACAAUAUUUUCCUAUAUAAUACAACCGGCAAUUGGUUUUAGUUUCCGAUAUAUUCGCAAAAAGCAACCGGUACCAGUACAUUGAAUUCAGUCUAUAAUUGUGAAUCCGUAGCAGCGUAUGUACUAAUAUUGGUUGUCAGCCGAAUAAAAUAACGUCUAACCCAAACCUAAUUCUUGGUUUGGUAUAUGUUUGGAUUAGGUGGUAAUUAAUCUAGCCACCAUCAGGCGGCCAGUAACCAAUACUGGCAUACGCUGUCGCGGAUGCACAAUUGUAAACAGAAUUCACUGCAGUGGGAAAUGUUGAUUUCUGCAAUAUAUACAAAAAUCACUGAAAGCCGUAGGGCGAACAAAGUAUCAAUAAUUCCAGUAUUUAUUUUAUCUAUUUAUUUAAUUCUUCUUUUUCUACUUUGAAUGGCUUUCGCCUAUCAGGAUUAUACCCAUAAAUAAUCUCCAUCCAAUACAAAUAUCAAAAUAAUAUAUUUUUAAGGAUAAUUAACGUGUCCAUUGAAUAACAUUACUAUGUCUUGAUCUUCAGUUUAGUUUUUAUAAACGCCGUAGAAAAAUGGUCGACCGAUCCUCAUCAUUGGAGUGGGGGAGGAAUACGAAAACUAACACGAAUAAAGAAUAUUGCUGAAACAAAUUUUAUCAUAAGGACAAAAUAAUCCAAAUUGGAAGUGAGUGCAACACAUUUAUUGUCAGACAAGGUAUUGUUGAAAAGCUUAUAAUUGCGGAGCACAAGAAUUAAUUAUUACAUUACUAUGAUAUUACUAUUAUGGCACUGCUGUUCUUAGAUUUUGGGUUCUCUAACAAAACCACAGAAUAAUGGUAGGUUAAUAUCAUUUUCCUUAUCAUCAUUCAUAGUUUUUACGAUAUAAUAAAAGAAUGGCUGAUUAAUUAGGAACUUCCUUAUAUAUAUA